AUGCCUAAGACGCCUCCCGGAAGCAGAAGCAGCAGCCCCCAUCGCACGCUUCCAGUUGACGGCGCCAUUGCGCAGCGAGCAAGCCGCCGCUUGCUGAACUUACCUCCGGAGUUCGGCGGUCUCCCAAUCAAGAUGACGACGAAGACGGCAGGAACUAACACCACCGACGCAACCACGGCACCAAUUGUCUUCCAGCAGCCACGAGAGCCGCCGAAAUUCCAUGGCUCUUCGUGGGAAGACGCCCAGGAAUGGCUUGAAAAGUUCGAAAGGGUAGCCGCUCUUAACGACUGGGACGAUGACAGCAAGCUCAGUGGAUCUGCCGUUCACUCCAUGUACGAUGUGCAAAAAAGGUUGUCUUUGUCAGUGACAGAGCCGCAGCGUCUCAGCGAUACACGAUGGGCCUGCCAGAUAGCGGCUUGCAGAGCUGCAAUGAAAAGCUUUCCUGCAAUCCUUGUAUAUCUCGCCGAAGUCAUCGCUACAAACAGCAGGCGGGCAACGGAAGCUAGGGGUCUGCUUGAGCAAAUGAACUUCUCGUUUCUCUUCCAUUUAAGCCUAUUUACCAAGGUACUUAGCCGCCUUAAGGUUCUUUCGGACCUAUUGCAAAGUAGAGACUGCAAUCUUAGUCAGGCAUGCAUCAUGGCACGCACAGUCAUUGACGAGUUCUCCGAAAUGAGAAAUUCGCAGAGCGCAUUUGACACUGUGUGGGCGCAAACCUGCAGUAUUUCUGAGGAGAACGGGGUGCCCCAAAGGGAAAAGCAGAGAACGAAGCGUCUUCCGCUCCAUUUGGAGCAGUUUGUAUUGAGUGGAGGACGGCCCGUUGAAGAAGAGUCUCCAGGUUCAAAGGAAACAUUCAGAGUCAAAGUUUUUCUACCCGUUUUGGACCACCUCAUUGCGGAACUGACUAGGCGGUUCACGGAGAAUAAUGAUGUGCUCUGCGGAGUCAGCGCCCUUCACCCCCAGAGUGAGAAUUUUAUGGACAUCUCCUUACUCAAGCCUUUCGCUGAGCACUAUGCAUGCGACAUCGACAGCGUUGAAGUUGAGUGCAAGUUGGUAAUAAAACUUCUUCAGCGCAUCGAAGCCGAAAGAAAGUGCAAGAUAAAAACAUUGAUGCAAUUGGUGACUGUCUUGGGAGAGUAUAAGCUAGCCUUCCACGAACUGCACAAGCUAGGUGUUAUCGCUGUGACGAUACCGGCAUCGUCAUCAUCUUGCGAGCGCACAUUUUCAUGCCUUCGAAGACUGAAGACUUAUCUUCGCAGCAGGAUGACCAACAACCGUCUGAGCGACCUAGGUGUGCUUGCGGUCGAGCGAUCUCUUUCCAAUAAGAUAGAUCUUCAGCGUGUUGUUGACAUGUUCGAUGCUGCGUACAGUAAUCGACGUAUACGUCUACACUAA